GGAAUAGUCCAAUUGGAUCUUUCAGUCCUGGUGUUGGAUCUGGCAUAUCAAGUCCUUCCCCUAGUGCUGGUGGGAUCUUUCUUGGAAUGGAGUGGGGUGGCUUCUCUUCCUAUCACAUUCCUCAACAAAAACCUCUAGAAACUGGUGAAUUAGAUGAUUUACCAAGACUGAAACCAACGACCAUGGAACCUCUAAAUACAAUUUUUAAUACUACCCCAGAGUAGUAAAGACCACAGCCAUAUGCAGAAAGAAGCUUACAUUCCCGAGAAAAUGAAAUACGUUAUGUAGGUACAGCGACUAUAAUCAGUGACUAAAAAUACU